CUCCGGCUUGGCUGGAAUGUUUCCUGAGGUGCCCUGUGUUCCCAAACUGCAGGCUACACGAAGCAGGGCUAUUGUGCGCGGCCCGGAACGCGGUGAGGGUGCAACACGCGGCGAGGGAAGCUUUCUCGGGCCGUUGGACGCCAAGGUUGGGAGCACCCCUCCGGUCACCGCAGCCAGAAUCGGGACCGGAACUGUGCGAUCAAGCCCUGGCUCUCUACCACCUUCCUGCCAUUUCCUUUGUGGGACAAUCCCUUUGUUACUACUUAAAGGCCAUAUGCUGUGAAUUGCAGCUGGCAGAAAGCUGGUAUCGAGCUGGGAGCUUAAUCGACGCUCGUGUAAAUCCUAGUUUCAGCUUCUGACACGCGUAUAGGUUAUCCCAGACCCUCAAAAAUAGCUAUAUUGAUGAAAGAGCAACAUCGAGUCGGUUGCGGAGGGCAAUACGCGAGUCCAGCAAAUACCAUUUACCAAGCGGUUCAGCGUGAAGCGAACGAUUUUUGUCAAUUCUGAUGUAUGAUUUAAGUCGCUUAACUGUAAUGCAAGCGAAUGUGACUGGCAGUUUGAUUCAGAAACGCGUCGAGCGCCUGCACUUCCUCAAAAUGCACAAAACCGGGCGACCUCAUCUCUUCGGAAUUGGCACUGCAGGGCUAGUAUUUCCCCAUUUGUGUAUGAUUAUACGCUUCGCGCCAAUGGUGGGCUCCCGGCAAAUUCUCUCGCACAGCACUGCAGCAGUGCAGACCCGCAGCUUCGCAGCCAGCACCUUCAUAGGUUCGGCUGGCUCAAGUCUUUCCAAUCAAGGCGCUUCUGGCAACUCCCACGAUUCUUCCGCACGAAACGUCCAGCAUGCCGCAGACUUGCCCCGCCAUCAUGGGCUCACGUCGCAAGACGGUGGCCAACAGGAGCCCUCCCGCCCUGACGACUUCAGCCACGGCCGUACCGGCGCCACGUCACCGGCUUCCGGCUCUGCCCGCCUCACGGGCGGCUCGCACACGCGCCCCGCCAACUCCAGCCUCGCCGCCCAUGGCUGCUACCGCGUCAUCGGCCCCGCCCGCAUCUGCAAGCGCGGCGACACGCUGGUCGCCCACCUGUUCCCCGGAGCCCGACUGGAGCUGCUGGACAGAGACGGCAACGCCACAGCUCUGCUACUGCAGCAUCAGCAGCAGGCCGCCGUACAGCCGCAACCGCUAACCGCCACUGAUGUAACCGCCGCGCUCCCCGUGUCGUACGGCAGCGGCAGCAGUACUGCUGUCGGCUCGAUGGGCUCCGCCGCCGCCGGCUCCGGCGAUUCUGCCUGGUCGGCGGGAGCUUCCCUCUUCUCCAUUACGGAUGAUGAGGAUGUGCCGCCGCCACUGCCGGCGGCGGCGGCGCCGGCGCUGGCGCCCAUGGAUUCAAGCCUGGCAGCGGCGGCGACAGCGGCGGCUCCGCCGGCGCUUGCGGCUCCGCCCCUGAUGAUCUCAGGCGUGGGCGGUGGCAUUGGCGGCAGCAGCGCGGGCGGCGGGGCCUUCCCGGCGGCAGCUGGGAGUGCGCAGGCGGAGGCGGAGGCUCAGCUGGUGGUUGAGGAGUGCGUGCUGGUGGCGGCGCACGUGGAGCUGGGGGGCAGCGCCUCUAGUGUGGACCUGGUGGACGUUGGGCUGCAGCCCGCGCUGCAUCGUCUCAACGGCCACAUCUACUUGUCCGUGCGCUGCCUGCCGCCCUGCGCCCAGUUCGAGCUGGGACCCAACGCACAUCUGUGCCACCCCAUCAGUAUGACGCCGCCGGCCGACACCUGCUGCUAAUGCUCCCGGCCCGCUCCCGGCCCGCCGCUGCAUGAGAUCGAUCCUCAGGAGACCGUACCCACACACGCACAUUGCGCGAUAGGUGAUGGAUUGUCAGACAUAUCCCUGGUGACGCGUGUGUGUAUGUGUGUGUGUGAGCGAGUGUGUGUGUGUGUGCAUGUUCGUGUGCAUCAGGCAAGCAGACAUCAUGAACGGAUCAUGCCGGAUGGUCGGAGGCGGCGCAUGGGGGUGAAAGGCAGGGUUGGCUGCGUAUGGCAGUAACACAAUCCAGUCCUGACAAUCCCGGGCAAGUGGCAUGCGGUAUAGUACCAUUUUACAUUCAGCAAUUGUUCGUUGUGGUGAAGGGCAUGUGCAUGCAUGCAUGCCAGCUUGGGUAGAGAUGUAGGCUCGAAGCCUUAUGCGAUUGGAAUGCCUAUGCAGGGGCUGGCUCGAGAAUAGGAGUACACGUUUUACAAGGUUUUCCAGGGGAGGAUGUGCAAGUCGUGCGCGUGCAGGUAGGCAGGUGUAGGUAGAAAGGUGCUGGCUUGCUUGCCAUUCGGAUGGGCGUGUUCAGGGGUGCGUGCAUCCCUGAAUGUGUUUGCGGGUGAAGUGUCUUCUUUGUAUGUGUCGAAGGCAACAACACGUUGCAUGGUAUCAAACAUUCAGAUUCUCCGGUCGCGCCGUGUCAAGUAAGGUAGUCAAGGCCGUACAGUGCCCUCCACGGGUGGGACAUGCCCCCAUGGUGUACAUAUCCAAUGAGUAUUCGUUCAAGGAAGUAUGAAUUUACUGCCGACGAGCAACGGAUCCUUGUUUGCCUUCAUUUGCCUUACGGGAACUUAUGAAGCAAGCAAGAGAGUUUUGGGGGCGUGCAGGUGGAUGUGUCGAAGGUAAUUGUGUGGCAUCUGUGUUUGGGUAGGCGUUCAGAGGCGUUUCAUCAAGGCCGGCCACGCAAGCACGAACCAAAUAAACCGGCAAGAAAGAAAGGCGCAACCAUUCCGCGCAAGUAUACUGGAUGACAUUUCGAUUGAUUAAUUACGGACGGAGGGAAGGCGGACAGAGAGAACGUCCAGCGGGGGCUGGCUCGAGAUUAGGAGUAAAGUUGGACAAAGUUUUCCAGGGGAGGGUCAGGGAGCAUAGUAGGUCUGUAAGGAGGGGCGUUGAGAUUGUCUGCACGGAGGACGUACAAGGGAAGGGCGGGGAGGCAGGAGGGCAUGAGGGUGCCCAGGAGGCAUGAGGGCAUGAGGGUGCCCGGGAAGGGACCUGGAUAUUCGCCGGCGCUAAGGGAGGAAGGGCUGGGGGGAGGCGCCGGGGAGAAGGACGCAGACGGACACGGUGCGUGAAUGCCGGUUUGGAUUAUGAAUGCGUGAUGUCACUGACGGGAGGGUACUGUCCGGCAUUGUGGGUGUGUGCGGACUGCGGAGUUUGUUACGCAAGUGCGGGUUCACUAUUGUCAGCGCGGGGGGAGGGAGGUAGGGGGGAGGGGUCCGUGGUUAAACAUUGUUGCGCAGCGCUCGCUCUUUCCGACUUGUCGGCUCCGCCGAGCCUCUGCGACGCUGGCGUUCCAAUCACGCUUGCAUAUAUAGCUGCUGCCCCCAUCGUGGUGAGUUUUGAGGACGGGCGCGGCUGGGGCAUUGGUUCAUACUGAUCGGGGCAGGGGCAGGGGCGGCAGCGCAGGGCAGCGCUAGAUCACAAGACCUGGCAAAUGUACUGGUGUUGGUGAAAGCGUGUAUGGCGCAUGCAUGGCUCCUGCAUGGCUGCUGCUGUUCAGGUUCGGGAUUCAUCAACAUGUUGUGACUGGUAUCCCUUUCGAGAUGCGAGCAUGAGCGAUUAGCGCGUGGCACGGCAAGGAGACCUGGU